CAAAGUGAAACUUGUGUGAUAGCAAACAGUCGUUGCGCGAGUAGUUUGAAAGUAUUUAAUAUUCAUAUUCGUAUUCAUAAAGGUUUAGAAAGGUUUAUUUACUUGCUCUACUUUUCAUCUAGGAAACUUUUUUGUUUGCUUCGUAUAGAUCCAAAGACAAAAACAAGUGUUACCCAACAGCAGACACAUAUCAAGAGAAAAGAAAUAAAAAAAAUUCAAAAUCGAAAAACAAAAACUGAAGGUUUAAAAGUAAGUUUCUUAUUAUUCUUUUUCUUUUCUUUUCCUUAUAAAGGUAUUUUUUAAAGAGAAAGAAAAGGGCGCAAGAAGAAAUUUCGCAACGUAAAUCAUCUCUACCUACGUCAAAUGGAGCUAAAAUUGGAAGAAGAGAUUAUAGACAAAUUUGACAAGCGACCCGAGAAUUAUGAAAAAUCAACAGAGAAACAAGGUUAUGAAUUCACUCAACAAACAUUCGAUGUUACUGAACAAUCGGAUUCUACCGAUAGGAAACCCCCUGCUAUAAGUGCAGCACUCAUGCUAAUGAAUAAUUUGGUUCUGUCAAUUUCCUUCUCAAUCGUCAUUCCCACUUCUGACACUUAUGUAAAAGUCUUAGGAGGAAGCGAAGUUCUGUCUGGUCUCAUUAUCGGUCUUCCGAUGAUCACGGCCCUUGUCACUUUAUAUCCUAUGCUCUUACUGUCGAAUCCUAAAUCCGCCAAUGGGUUUACCUUCUACAAGCGUCCCUAUUUAUGCUCAUGUGUCACAGCAAUCCUUGGACAUAUUCUCUAUUCCCUCGCCUUCAAAGCCAAAAGCAUCGCCCUCAUCCUGGUUAGCCGAAUCAUUCUAGGUAUCGCAUGUGUCAUGUAUCUGUAUCAUAAAAAGUUCAUGUCCGACAGAAUUUUGGUUGGUCCAAAAUACAGGACUUUUAUGAGCACACUCAAUAUAAUUAUGCAAACUGCUGGAAUUGCAAUUGGUCCUUUUCUUGGUGGUUUGAUGGCAAAGGCUUCUUCCCAUUCUCACAACGCUAUAUGGAAUCAAUACACUUCUGGUAACUGGCUACUAUCAUUUUUUUGGGCGGCUUUAUUAAUUCUUUCUUCCAUUUUCUAUUACGAUGCCGAUUGCGAUAUUCCUCCUGUUCCUCCAAGAACCGAUGCUCCCCAUACUAAUUCUGAAACCCAAACAGCACAUCGCCGUCCAAAUCUUGCUUCUACUAUAAAAAUUGUUGUUUCUGGAUAUAUUGCUUUCUCUUGUUUUUUUACAAUGGAGGCAUACCAAGCUUCCAUCCCCAUUUACACCAAUUACCUCUACGGAUAUUCCCCCUUUCAAUCGGGUAACUUCCUUGCUCUUGCCUGCCUUAUAGAUAUUCCAUUUCUCCUUCUAUUUUCUUUCCUUUCAAGGUGGAUAGAAGAUCGAAAAAUUACACUCAUAGGUAUUAUAAUUACGGUCGUAUCAGUCGCCGUUCAUCUAAUUGUCAACAAAAUCCAUAAAGAGUACCUCCAGCUUUAUUUCACUUUGUUUACCCUUGUCUUUUUUGGAACUUCCAUUGCCUUUUCGCCUCUUGUAUCUCUUCUUACUAAACAGCUUCACCCAGACCAUCAUUUGCUAGCAAGCGUCGUAAUUCAGAUUAGCAUAGCUGCUGCAGACACUGUUGGUCCUGUUUUUGGAGGUGCAAUUCGUGUAAUUACUUCUCAAGGGUUUUUAGCUACGUUACUUGCUUUAAAUACAUUGACAACCAUCUUUAUGCUUUCAAUUUGGAAGACUGCAAAAGUCAAAAUUGGGUAACUCCUUUCUGUUGUUUUCUUUAUAUUAUUUAGCCGCUUUUUCAACAAAGUUCUUUGGGAUUAUUAGUCUGAUAUUCUUUAUGUUAUAUAGAUGGGAUCAUUAAUAUAUAUACUUCAUCUUUCUCAAAGACGUUCGCUCUAUUGACCUCGCAAAUGCAGGA